AUGAUCCUUCAAAACUAUUUUACAUGGAUCCGGAAACUGUUUAUUUUCUGUCUUUUUUCUGUCACGGCAUUCCUCAAUUUUCGGAAUAUUGUUGUUAUUGAUAAAACCCAAACUAUUUCGAGCAUAAUUGGGGAUGAAAAAUGCGAGGAAACAUCUCCGACAGUGUAUGUGGUAUUUCCUCAUUCCAACCAGUUUAUGGAUGCAAUUGUUUUGUUGGAUUUUUUCUAUAAAAAAGGAAUAUAUCCGAAUCCAGUGAUAGCAGAAAGCUCUCGAAAUAACAUCAUUUUGAAAAUAUGUAGUUUCCUUACAGGAUCAAUUUCUGCCGAGAGACUUGAUGACCAUCGUUACAAAGGAACUUGUGAUAUUGAGAUAGAAGUAACUAAGGACAAUAUUAUAUGCUCUCAUAAUAUUCAAAAUGCUGAUAGCUUUAUGGCAGUAUUAGAUCUCGAUGGAAGGAAAUAUUUCUUUAAAAAUAAGCAAAAUCAAGAGUGUUUUAAUUCUACAAAUGAGACAACCCCAAUAAGCCUGAAAAAAGAAAAAUAUUAUCUGAUCGAAAAAUACAAUAAUGAAGCUUUCAAAAAAAAGAGCAAGAAAGUUUUAGAGUCUGGAGGCUCUAUUAUAAUUUUUCCAGAAGGAGGCUCCCAUGAUAACGAUCAAUUGCAAGAAUUUAAACCUGGAUUUGCUAGCAUAAUCGAACAGUUUUUCCAAGAUAAAUGGUUUAGAAAGGCAUCAGUAGUUCCAAUACUCCUUAACUAUGAGUGUGCGUAUGCAUAUCCGAUAAACGUGAAUAUAGUUAUUGGAGCUAGAAUCCCCUUUGAAUCGCCUGUUAAAGCUGAUCAAAUCAUGGAAAAAGUGCGGAGUGCGUGCGAGAACCUUUUUACUGAAAAUUCUCAAUACGAUAUCAUUCAUCCAUUUGAGAUUCCUAAUAAGGUAUGUGCAUUUUCUCAAAAAAGUCAAGAUGGAGAAAAGGGUACUUCAAAGUCGCGCAUUAAACCUUCUGUUAUGAAGCUGACAUUUUUGGGAAAAUUGCUCAACCUGGGAACGAUUUUUGUUUGGCCUUUUACUUCCUUGAUUUCACGGUGUUUUUGGAAAUCCAUCAGAGAUCCAUUAAAAAAAGCCGCCGAAAACAGUCCCAUGAAGCUGUGCGGCUGUGAUAGGAUCGCUUCCAUCAGGAUGUUGACUGCUGUUAAAUAUGGUGGAUUGUUUUUCGUUGUCUUUAUCAAAGUGUGUAUUAUUUUCUGGACGCAUCGUUGGACAAAAGUAUUCUUUUUUUCGGUUUUGAUCAUGCUGAACAUGGCCAUCGUCCGGGGUCUCUUGAUUCCAAAAUAUUUCUCCUACAACGAGGAAGCAGUCGUAGACACCAGUUAG